AUGACUUUACCUAAAGGCAGAGUACUACUGAUUGGCAGCCGUGGUAUUGAUACGAUUGCUGCUCUGAAUCUCGAAAUAGGAGGCUUGGCUGAAGUCACAUCUGUCUUGCGGUCCAAUUUCCAAGUCGUGCGCAGUAAGGGAUUCACCGUCAGAUCUUGCCAGCACGGCGACAUUCACAGCUGGCGACCUACCGAAAGCUUGGAUGCUAUUCCCGGCCGAUAUGACGGACAGGGGCGGCCAUUUGAUUUCAUUGUGUGCUGCACAAAGAAUAUUCCCGACAUUAUUCGUACAUUAUGCGACAUCGUUGCACCUGCCGUCACUCCUGGCCAUACCGCCAUUGUCUUGAUACAAAAUGGUAUAAACAUCGAAAGACCGUUUAUCCAUCGAUUUCCGAACAAUGUUAUUGUAUCCGGUAUUAGUAGAAUCGACGCCCACGAAGUCGCACCUGGAGUUAUCGAGCAGAAACAGAACGACCUUCUACACAUCGGAGCCUUCAAUAACCCUUCCUUGUAUUCAAAUGUACAAGAAGCAGCGGCGAAACGCUUUGUAGAGAUUUACAGCAAAGGAGGCAAAACUACCUGCCUAUAUAGGCCGGAUGUGGAUUCUGAUCGCUGGAGCAAGUUGGUUUAUAAUGCUUCGUUCAAUCCAGUAUGCGCUCUGACACGCCUGAACACUGGCGAGUUACAAAAAACAGGCCGAGUGAUGGACACUCUUGUAGUCCCCGCGAUGAAAGAAGUCCUUGCUGUCGCGAAGAAGGCUGGACAUGGACUUCCGGAAAGCAUUAUAAGUGAUACGAUAAUGACUACCCCAAUAAAUGAGAGUAUCACACCGAUACCGAAUCUGACAUGA